AUGACAACUCUCGCUCCGACUCCCACUCUUCCGGCCCUUGACAGGGCUCUGGAGGUCCAAAGCUUUCGGAAGAGCCGUGAGCUAUAUAACACCCUGCGCGAUGACUGCGACCAGCCACCGGUCGAUGGCAAGCACAUCCAGAACCUCGCCGCCAUCUUCGUCCGACACAACGCCCAGAAUGUCCUAGGUGUCCAUUUGAUUCACGGUCACUUCAGCAUCCCCGAGGACACGGUCCUUCUGGGCACCAACUUCGAGGGAAUCAAGGGCCGCUGGGCCAGGGUCACGCAGGUCGGGAACAUCGACCCUACCGCUGUCCACGGCCACAUCUUUGUCUACGGCAGGGAGGGACUGUGUGCCUACGAGUAUCAGAACGGGCCGCUCCCUGACCUCUCUACCGUCGGCCAAGGCUUUCUGGGCGAAUCCAUGUAUGAGCUCAUCCUCGACGAGGGUACUGUCAUGCUACAGGAGGGCGCCAUCAAGAACUGCGAGCCCACCAGGGUGACUGGAUGGAGGUUCGAGGCCGGUCCCGGCGGUCCUCGCGUCUGCCAAGCCAACGAGACGCACGCCAAGAUGACUUCGGGCAACCACAAGAUCUUCAACGCUGGCAAGCCACACCCAAAGCUCGACAAUGUCGACGAUCUCAAGGCGGCCCUAGUCGGAGCCGGAGUUCUCUGA